UUCAUUAAUGUAAUCUCUUUAUUUAUUUUUUCUAAAAGGAAGAUGGUUUUGUUGAUGAUGAGAUAGUAGAUUUCGCAACCUUAUAGUGAGCUACGCGCUACAUCAAGAUGUAUAGAGCACAAAGAAAUGGGAAGUCUCCGAGUUCAGCGGAGAGGAUUGAUUUCAAAUUUUCAAAUUUUCAGGCUCUUCAGGUACCAAAGGUAUGGGACAAGCUUUUAGUGUCGAUAAUAUCUGUAGAAACCGGAAAAACAGUUGCAAGAUCAAACAAAGCGUUGGUGCGAAAUGGAAAUUGUCAAUGGACCGAAACUCUAUCGGAAUCUAUCUGGAUUUCGCACUAUGAUUCUUCAAAGGAGCUUGAAGAACAACUUUUCAAAUUUGUUGUUUCUAUGGGGUCUGCUAGAUCUGGCAUUCUUGGGGAGGCGACUGUCAAUAUUGUACGGUAUUAUACGAGUUCAAGAUCAUCUGCACUUGUUUCUUUGCCAUUGAAGAAAUGCAACUAUGGCACAAUUUUACAGGUCAAAAUCCAGUGCCUGACACCAAGAUCAAAACUCAGGAUCGAAGGAUCAAAUUACGCGGGACCCAAUACAGAAGCCGUGGAUGAAGAUUAUGACGAUGCAGGUAGCAGAUCAAACGGAUCAGCAGCCUCACCUUAUCUCAGUGCUAAAUCACCUUCAAGUCAAGAUCUCGCUCCCAUUUCGCUUCUCGAAAGAAUUAAAAUCAUGGAAACAAGUUACGAUCCAUCUGGUUCGAAUCAGAACAAUGAUUCGGCUGAAUAUUCUUUAGAAAAGGAAAGAUUCUAUCAAAAAAGUCAUAUAAAUGGAAUCAAACACGAUCAUAACUCAAACUCAAGAAACAGUUCGCCUCGAAGCAACUAUCCAAAUGAAGAAGAUAUGUCUGUUUCAAAGUCAAACAACUCAUCUUUCAAAUCAAGAAUAACCCACAACGAACAAGAGUACGAGGAGAGCCCACCACCUGUCCCCCCCUCAUCGUCUAUGAUGAAUGCAGGGUCCUCAAAGAACCUCCUAGAAGCAGCCGAAGACACCAUUGAAGAGCUUCGCGAUGAAGCCAAAAUGUGGGAGCGAAACUCUCAGAAACUAAUGCUUGAUUUGGAGAUUUUGAAAGAGAAAUUCUCGGAUCAGUCGAAAGUCUUGGCGGGUACUCAGAUGGAACUUUCGGCUGCAAUGGCGGAACGUGAUGGCAUGAAGAAAGAAGUUGAUCAUAUAAAGAUGUUACUUGAGGAAGCAGUUGUUAAACAAAAGGUGACAAUCGAGUCAAAGUCAAUGUACAACUCCGAAAGUCAAAGUCAACUUAUAAAGGAGCUAGAAUACGAGCUGCAAGCGCAUAAAGAAUCGAAUCUUGAUUUGACGCAACAGCUGAAGAGGAAUCAAGAAUCUAAUAUCGAACUUGUGUCCAUUCUUCAAGAACUAGAGGAAACUACAGAGACACAAAGGGUAGAGAUUGAAGAGCUUUUGACGGUGAAGUCAACGUUGACCGAAAUAGAAAAGUCAUUCAAUUCGAAUUUGGUGGAAACUAGAAGCUUGCAGCUCAAGUUACAACAAAUGGAGGAAUCGGAGAAGACGUUACAAGCGAACAUGUUGAUUCUUGAACAAGCUUUGGAGAACAAAAUCAUUGAUUUGGAAAACGAGCGGAAGUCAAAUAGUCAAACUCUUUCGGAUCUUGAAAAGGAGUACAAGAACAGUUUAUCUGUAAAAGAAGAAGAUAUUAACAAUUUGGAGUCGAGAUUAACCGAAAGAAAGGAGAUUGAGGAAGAUCAAAUGAGAGAGAUCCAACGGCUGAAAACGAAAGUUAGCGAGGUGGAAAAAGAAUGUAGCGAGCUAACGAAUGAAAACUUUGAGGUGGUGUGUGAGCUUGAAGAAUCAAAGAAAGUGAUACAGGAGAGAAACGCAACGAUCGAAGAGGACCGGAAGGUUCUAGAAGAUUACAGUUUGAGGAUUCGAGAGCUCGAGAGUUUGAAAGUGCAACACGAAGCGCAGAUUGCUGAUCUUGAAACGGAGAAAGAAGAGUUACAAGAAAACAUGGAGAUUGCGUUGAAUGAGAGCAAUAUAACGUCGAAAUGUUUAGAUAAUUUAAGAAAUGAUUUAACGGUGCUUAGCGAAAGUGUUGAUUCGCAAGUUUCGGCUAAUAAGUUACUCGAACGAAAAGCAAGCGAGUUGGAAAAAGUCAAGGGCGAAAUGGAGCUUCGUUUGUUCGAAAUGGAAGAAGAAAACAUCAAACUUCUGGAUCACGUGUCCGAAUUAGAAACUCAACUAAAACACAUGAAAUACCAAAACGAAUCCACCCGACUUGAGUUGGAGAAAUCCGAAUCCGAAAAAUCAGAUCUUCAAAAAGAAGUAAAAGACUUAGAGAAUGUGAAAAAAUUACUAUUAAACGCUCAAGACGAGUGUGAAUACGUAAAAUCGGAAAGACGUAAGCUGCAAGAGUCUGCUGAGAAACUAGUUGAAGAAUGCAAUAACCUUCAGAAGUCAUACGAAGAUAUGACGAAGGAAAAAGCGGGACUGUAUGAUCGAGUUUCACGUUUAGAGAUCGAGUUAACGGGAGCUAGGGAGAAACUGGUAAUUUCGUCCGAAAGUUUAGUUGAUUUAGAAGAAAAAUACUCUUCUAUGUUGGAAGAAUAUAUGUUCAAAGAAAAGAGUCUGUCUUCACAUUUGGAUGAACUUAAUCAAGAAAACUGGAAACUAAAAGAAAAGAUUACAAUGGAAGAAAGUUUGUUGAAUCAAAUGUACUUAGAGAAGACAGCCGAGAUCGAAAACUUCGAAAACGAGGUAGAAAAUCUCAAACAGGAGAUUUCGCGGCUUUAUGAACAGAAGUCAAAGUUGACUUCUGAAACAUCCGAUUUACAAUCUUCUCUCGAAGAAGUUCAAUCGAGAACCGAAUCGAUUGAAAACGAGCUUCGAACGGUUCGUGAGGAGUCCGGAUCGAAGAUUCGAGAUCUAACGAAUGAGCUUGCUGCUGUUAAACAAAACCAUAAGAAACUGACGACGGAUCAUGAGAAAAAGUCAAAGUUGUUGAGUGGUUACAGGAAGAGAGAAGAACGAAAGAAGACGAUGGAGAAUGAUCUUGAACUUAAGCUUACGAUUUCGGAAUACGAACGUCAACAACUCAGUGAAGAAGCUGCAACUUUAAAAGAAAAGCUUCAUAAAACUUUGGAUCUUGAAAAUGAAUUAUUGGAUUAUAAGCAAAAGCUUGAUAAACUAAAGAACGAAAAGAGUAAUCUAGAAGCUUCUCUUCGUUCGGUUUCUGGUAGUUUUGAAGAGCUGAAAGCCGAAAAGAUAUCAGAGUAUGAGAAUUGUGUAAAUCAGAAAAAUGCAUUAGAAGAAAAGCUCAUGAGAUUGGAGGGUGAUCUAACGGUUAAAAACGCAGCACGUGCGCAGGAUGCUGACGUGAAAAAUGAGAUCAGUAGGAUCAAGAGUGCUAACUUGCAAUAUCAGUUGAAAAUUCAACAACUUGAAGGUGAAAAGAAUGAAUGCUUGAAGAAAAUCAAUGCUCUUGAGGAAGAUCUAAAACUACUAUCAGCAAAAAGCAAAACGGGUGUUCAUGAGACUCGUUCGCAAGAAGAUAUGGAUUAUGCUGCAAAGAUAGAGAUGCUUGAAGCGGAGCUUGAUGAGGCUCUUGAUUCUAAUAACAAGUACCGACUUCAACUUCAAAGGUUGAAAAACGAGGGGCGAAGUAGUCUUUUAACAGCUAAUGGGAAAUCAAAGACUGAAGGCGAAGUAAUAACAAAAGAAGGGUUUGAAAGGACAAAGUCUUCUUUGGAGACAGAGCUAAAAGACCUUCGUGACCGUUACCUUGAGAUGAGCCUAAAAUAUGCUGAGGUGGAGGCCGAACGAGAAGAUCUUGUAAUGCAGUUAAAAACAAACAACAGUGCAAGGAAACGGUACCAGUUCCUCGACAACCCAUGAUAAGUACAAAUAUUUUGUUCUUUAAAGAUUAAUAGUUCAUAAUCAUACUUAUACAUGAGAACAUGUUAUGACUUAAACAUCCAACAAUGACCAUCGACUCGUGAGAACAUGUUACGACGUAAACAAAAUAAGAUGGUCUUCUUUUAAGACCUGUUCAUGUGAUUUUUUUUUAGUUUGCUGCUUUUUUUAGUAACACAAUGUAUAAAUAUAAUUCAUCUUAUUUAAAGGAUGUUUAUGUGAA